GCAUGCUCGUGUUUUGUGUACCGUACAGAAGUUGAAAGGUUAAAAAGGAUAAUUAAUCAUGGAUAAUUCUGGAUUUUUAAUUAAUUUAACUACCAGCAAGAAGAAGAAGAAUUCAGAAGUAGGCGAAAAAAGCUCGGAUUUAGUGGAUUCAUUCCCGGUGAUCAAGUCACCAGAAAAAGGCAAAAAAAGUAACAAAGCACGUUGGAAGAAGAAAUUAAAUCCAUCAUCAAGAGAAUUCGAUGGAUCUAAAGCAAAAUCUAGUUUUGACAAAUUGCAUUCUUCAUCUGUGUUUACAGGAAAUCCUGAAAUUUCAUCACUAAGCGUUCCAAAACAAAAAGGUUUGUCUGAAACCUUGUUUUCCACCAGUACAUUUGGGGAUUUGGACCUUCAUCCACAUUUGGUAGCAUGCUUAAAACAGCGCUUAGGAGUCGAAAAAAUGACUCAAGUACAAGAAAGAACCAUACCUUUACUAUUAAAAGAGAGUGAUGUCCUUGUUAAAUCUUGCACUGGAUCAGGCAAAACUUUAGCAUACGCAGUUCCUGUGGUACAACAGUUACAAAAAAUGGAUCCUAAAAUUAAGAGAUCAGAUGGUGUAUUUGCUUUGGUGGUUGUACCUACUAGAGAAUUGGCUUUACAAUGUUUUGAGUGUUUUUCCCUGCUUACUAAGGCUUUUACUUGGAUUGUACCAGGGUAUUUGAUUGGUGGUGAGAAAAAAAAGUCUGAAAAGGCUAGGCUAAGAAAAGGAAUCAACAUUCUAAUCACUACUCCAGGGAGACUCUUGGAUCAUUUAGACCUUACAGCUUGUUUAAGUUUGCUUAAAUUAAAAUGGCUUGUGAUUGAUGAAGCCGACAAGCUUUUGGAACAAGGAUUUGAAGAUUCUGUUGUGAAGAUAAUAAAGAAAUGUCCAAACAUGAGACAGACAGUUCUUGUUUCUGCUACAUUGUCCAAUAGCAUUUUACAUCUAGCUGGAAUAAGUUUGUCAAACCCUGUUCAGGUUGAUAUAGUAAACACUACUGGUAAAAGCUCCUCUGGUUUUGAAGAUUUUGCUCUUCCGUCCAGUUUGAAGCAGUUUGUUGCUGUUGUGCCAUCAAAGCUGCGCCUUGCUGUGCUGUCUGCAUUCAUAGUAGAUAACUGCUUGAAAGGUGGCUUCAAAGGGAUAAUAUUCAUGUGUUCACAAAACUCUGUUGCUUUUCAUUAUUCUUUGUUUGGCAGCUCUUUGGCUGAACUUUUGCGGGCUAAAGGUCAUGGCUGUAAAUUUUUCAGUUUGCAUGGACAUUUAAAACAGGAGGAAAGAACAGCUAUUUUUAAGGAGUUCAAGUCUGUAAAAGAAGGGAUUUUAUUGUGUACAGAUGUAGCUGCUCGUGGUCUGGACUUGCCUCAUGUUGAUUGGAUUGUGCAAUACACUGCACCAUUUUCAGCUGAAAUUUAUAUUCAUCGUGUGGGCCGCACUGCUAGAAUUGGCAAGAAAGGAAGCUCUCUACUAUUUUUGCUGCCAUCAGAAACUAAAUUUUCACACCUACUGACUAAGCAUAAAAUCGUGUUUGAGGAAGUAAAUAUGUCAAAGAUGUUACAGCCUCUUUUAUUGAUUGGUGAACUACUAUCAACUAGAUUAAAAUAUGGUGUAGAAGAUUGUGUCACCUUUUUACAAGCUAAGUAUGAAAAAGAAGUUUAUUCUGAGGGAAUUCUACACCAAAGUGCUAAAGAUGCAUUUGCAAGUUAUGUGCAAUCAUAUGCAUCAUAUCCAAAAGAAGUACGGGACAUUUUACCUUUUAAAGAACUUCAUUUAGGACAUGUUGCCAAAAGCUUUUGUCUCAGAGAAGCACCUUCUCAAUUGGGAGUAGCACUGCCAAAUACUGUUUCAAAGUUUAACAGGAAACCAUUCCAACCUAAACCACAGAAGAGGAAAUAUUCCAAUAUCUCAGAAUACGACAGUGGAUUACCAUCGUUGAAACCAAGCAACAUUAAAACCAAAAAAAGAAAGCAUUGAACCAUAUCUGAUGUAUAUCAUAAGCUUUUACUCAUGG